ACGUCCAAUGCUAGUGGGCAGAUGAAUACAAAAACGGUUAGAAUACAAAAAUAGUUUUUUAUAGUAUUUAUAUAGUCAUAGCAUAAAAUAAGAAAUUACAGUGUAAUUAUCGGAACACAGUUUUUUUUUUCUUAAAGCACUAUGUAUAUACUGCUAGUAGCUGCAUUUCUAUCGCAACUCCUGAGUGCCUUUUGCGAGAUCGGAUGCCGAGAUGAAAACGGUGUUCUUGUUGACUGGUAUUAUCUCUACAAAUUACCGCACGAAGACUUUGACCGCCACUCUACCUCUUCAGGGUACCGAUAUGCCUAUAUAACUUCAACCGACACAUCGCAACAGUGGAAGCUGUCGGAACGUACUGUCAAUGAUAGUACUAGUAUUCCUGGUAACACAUUGGAACCUGUGUUGCUUGGAAGCACAGAAAAUUCUCUGGUUCUCAUGUAUAACGAUGAACCACCGGAAAACCAAACCGAUGGAUUACGCGGCCACACUAAAGGAGUAGUGGCAACUGACGGCAAGAAUGGUUUUUGGCUAGUCCAUUCUGUGCCAAAAUACCCACCUCCUAUAGGGCAGAAGUAUCACUAUCCAAGUACCGGAAAACUAUACGGACAGAGUUUUCUUUGCAUUUCUGUCGCCGCCGAUCAAAUGGAGUCUAUUGGACAACAGCUACUGAUGAACGAACCUCAUGUAUAUUCUUUUCAAAUACCAAAUAGACUGCGUGAUAGCUUUCCAAAGCUUGUUGAGGCUACCGAGAUGAAAACUAAUGAAAAUCCCCCGCAUUAUAACAUCCUGAACGUGAAAUCCCUUGGCGGCACAAUUUUUCAUUCUUUUGCGAAAAACCGUUUCUUUAAGAAAGAACUGUACGCCGAUUUGAUUGCUCCGAUGCUACGAGUAGGACUUUUGGUGGAGACUUGGCAGCAUGGUGCCGGGAAUCUACCGGACAGCUGUUCACACUAUCCUGUUCUGAAUAUCAAAGCUGUAAAGGUGCUAGGUGAUUAUCGAUUCAAAACACUGAAAGACCACUCCAAGUGGGCUGUUUCUGAAAAGUCAGAGGUCGAUUAUGUUUGCGUGGGUGAUCUCAACCGGCAAGAACAUCAAAAUGUUCGCGGUGGUGGAAGCGUUUGCAGCCAACUGAGUGCGAUUGUCGACGCCUACCGGGGUUCUGUAGAAGAUGUUGAAACCUGUCCAACGGUUUUAUAAGGGCAAACCAACCAAAAAGUGGGUACCAGAAACGCUGGUACCAGAAUCAAUGAGUGGUAGAUGGAAAAUGUAUGGAGUUUGACAGCCACAAGAGCCCCCUGGUUAUACGAGCCGAAUAAAAAAGUAAGUCAACAUUGCGCUUUGAGAAGAGAUCUGGCACCUCUGAUAUGUGAACCCUAGUUGCCAAAUCAGCGGUUUUUUCAUCGCUUAUCUCUCUCUGAGGAUCUCUAAUACUAAUGCAUCGACGUGAAUAACAUACCUUCUAGAACUGUCAUUUAUACUUGGAUACUGUAUCACCGGUAUCACCUAGCAAUACUCAGAGGGAGAGAUGUGCGAAGAGAAUGUUGUGAGCCAAAAGAACAUGUCAAAAUCCGAGCCAAACGAACAAGAAAGGUAACACA